CGGAGGGCGGGCGGCGUGGGGAGCGGAUGGUGCUGGUAGCGGCUCCCGGGCGCUGGCGGGGGCAAGAGCAAGAGCUGGAGCAAGAGCUGGCUGCGAGCGCCUCCUCCCCUCCCCACUCCGGCUGCGUGUCCCCUCGUCGUACCUUGCCGCCGACCGCCCUGAGCCGGCAGCGCUGUACGAUGUGAGCGGCCGCUGGGCUCAGCAGCGCCCCCGGUGCUCUCGACGCUGGGGCGGGCAGCGAUGGCCAGAGCCUGGCGUGGAAGCAGCAGCCGCCGUCGCCGAUAGGAAGAGCCGGGGGCAGCUGGGCAGGCGGCGCGGAGACUCCCUAGGGCCGUGCAGCGCUUGUCCCGCCCCGCCCCCUACCUCCAUCCCUCUCCCCUCCUCCUCCUCCUCCUCCUCCUCCUCUCCCCGCGGCCGGUGCAUGCGGGGCGCUGGGGGCCGAGCUCGGGUCCCCCGCAGCCACCGGAGCGAGUGACCUACGGGGGUCUUGCGCAUCCCCGCCAUGUCCUCGUCCAGCUCCUCGCAAACCCCCCCGUCCCACCACCAGCCUCCGCCGCAGAGGAUGAGGCGCGGCGCCGCCGGGUCCCCCACUGCCGCCACGGCCGGGGGCCCCGGUAACGGCGCCGGGGGAGGCUCGGCGGGGAGCAGCCGGCUGCUCCAGCCUAUCCGAGCCACCGUCCCGUACCAGCUCCUGCGGGGCAACCAGCACAGCCCGACCCGGUCCCCCUCCGCCUCGGUGGGCAGCAACACGGGGCCGGGGGGCGGCGGCGGGGGUCGCGGCGGAGGCAGUCCCCCGCCGCCGCCCAGCGCGACGCCGCCGCUGGCAGCGGGAGGCGGCGGAGCGGAGCCGGGCAGGGUGAAGGGCAGGCAGCGGCGGUCGCCGGAGAGCGGCGGCAGCAGGAGGAGCAGCUCACCUGAGAGACGGAGCCCCAGCUCCCCGGUGUACAGAGUGGACAGGCCAAAAUCCCAGCAAAUCAGAACUUCUGGUACCAUAAGGCGAACUUCUUCUUUGGACACAAUAACAGGACCUUACCUCACAGGACAGUGGCCACGUGAUCCCCAUGUACACUACCCUUCAUGUAUGAAAGAUAAAUCUACUCAGACACCCAGCUGUUGGGCUGAAGAGGGAGCAGAAAAGAGAUCACAUCAGCGCUCGGCAUCGUGGGGAAGUGCUGAUCAGCUGAAAGAGCAGAUUGCCAAACUGAGGCAGCAGCUUCAGCGCAGCAAGCAGAGCAGUCGUCACAACAAAGAGAAGGAACGUCAGUCCCCUCUCCAUGGCAACCAUAUAGCAAUCAGUCAGACUCAGGCUUGUAUUUCCAGAUCUGUCCCUAUGCCACUGUCAAACAUUUCAGUGCCAAAAUCAAGUGCUUCACGUGUGCCGUGUAAUGUAGAAGGAAUAAGCCCUGAACUGGAAAAAGUAUUCAUUAAGGAGAACAGUGGAAAAGAAGAAGUAUCUAAGCCUUUGGAUAUCCCCGACGGCCGAAGGGCGCCCUUGCCUGCUCACUACCGCAGCAGUAGCACCCGAAGCAUUGACACGCAGACUCCGUCUGUCCAGGAGCGCAGCAGCAGCUGCAGCAGUCACUCACCUUGUGUCUCUCCCUUUUGCCCUCCUGAAUCUCAGGAUGGCAGUCCCUGUUCAACAGAAGAUUUGCUCUAUGACCGUGAUAAAGACAGUGGGAGUAGCUCACCGUUGCCCAAGUAUGCCUCAUCUCCCAAACCAAACAACAGCUACAUGUUCAAACGAGAGCCCCCAGAGGGAUGUGAGCGAGUGAAGGUCUUUGAGGAAAUGUCGUCUCGUCAGCCUGUCUCAGCCCCUCUCUUUUCAUGUCCUGACAAAAACAAGGUUAAUUUCAUCCCAACCGGAUCAGCUUUCUGUCCUGUAAAACUUCUGGGCCCCCUCCUUCCCGCUUCAGACCUGACGCUGAAGAACUCUCCAAGCUCUGGUCAAAGCACAGGUUUGAGCACCCUGACUGUUGAGCAGCUUUCGUCCCGGGUCUCUUUCUCAUCUCUGUCAGAUGACACCAGCACAAUGGACUCCCCAGAGAUCCCGGUACAGCAACCGUCCCAGCAGCAGCAGCCGCUUUUGCAAGAGAUUCAGACUGAAGAGCAUUCCUCUCCUCAGAGCUACGUGUUCAUCUAGAGCAAGGUGGAGCAGGCCUCUGCCCCGAGACAAGGAGUGAGGAGAUCCUAGUUCAGAUACAUCUGCAUGAGGUGGCAACCUUUCAGAACACCACAGAAUACUUAGCAGCAUUCAAAAAAUAUCUCAACACUGUUCUUGGCAGGGACAGAAUCCAUAUUCAGCAUUUUUUGGUGAGAAAGCAGUAAUGCCUGCAGAAUCAAUGUUACAUUAAGCAUUUUCAGUGGAGACUAUGCAUUUCAUAGUAUGUUUGACCAGAUUAUUACUGUGUCCUGUGUUCUGUUUCAAAUUCUACAGUAUAAAUAAGCUCUCUCUCUAUAUAUAAAAAAAAUGUUGCCUGUCUGAAUAGAAAAUGUCUUGCUGUGUUGUGUCCUAUGGAAAAUACUGUACUUCAGGAUUAUGUUUACAAUUGAUCCAGGUGUUUAUGUUUCUAACUUCUGUAAUACACACAAUGCAAAAAAAAAAAAAAAAAAUGGCCACAGCAGUUGCACAGUGCCCACCCUAUGGCCUAGCUUCAGGUACUUCUCUUGAAGUGUAAACUCAGGUAACUUGGAAUGUAUAUCAUAUUGGAAUAUAAAAUAUUUUACAGCUACAAAGCUAAAGAGGGAACAUCACUCUUUUGCCUUUCCUUGUUUUAUGCAUUAUAUUUCCUCAUUACAUUCCACUUUCUUGGAAUAAGUGCAUUCAGAUCCAGGUGAAUGAUGACCCUGGACAUGGGUGAACAUGAGGAGAACCAGCAAAUCUGUGAUGUAUAUCACUUUGUCAUGUGCUUACAAGUAAAACAACUGUUGCAUUUACUGUCAUUUCAAUAGAUGUAAAAUUGUGGCAUUUAAAGGUUUCAGGUGUUGCUCAGUUAAUGACUGUUAAACUGUUGCAAAUAAAGUGUUCAGUACUAGGCUGUACAUGAGAAACAUUCCACAUUGUGUGUGAGAGGAUUAUGAAAGACAAGAAUGUUUUUGUUAAAAAAUAGAAAUUCUUUCAGGUUUCAUGGGGGGCGAUUGGGGAUUUCCUCUCAUGGUUUUUGUUGGCAGUUAAGGAUGUGAAAUGCUACUGUUACCGUCUAAAAGUCAAAUUAAUGUUUAGUUUCUCUUUUGGAAAUGUUCAUUCAUUUGCUGGUUGCAAAUAGGUUUUCAGAUUUUGUUGAGCAGUGUUAGAUGAGCAGCGUUUUAUUUAUGUAGUGAGUAAUUGUGUUCGGAUGAAAGUCCAGAAGUAGCAAGUGGGUGUUCUAAGAGGGGUGGGGAAAACAAUAGUUUUAAGUUCAUGUUACUUAAAGCUUCUCCCAUAACUUUCUGUUACUUAAGCUGUGUGUGUAAAAGUGUGCUUUCCCCCCCCCACUUAAGUGUGAAUAAAAGAAAAAUCCAUGUAAAAUAAUCCUGGUUUUACAGGCUGGACACUUUCUCAAAAUAGUACAUGGCAAGAUUGGGUUGGUGGUGCUCUUCUAUUGUACUAGAAAAAGAGGAGCAUUGCUUUCAGAGAUAAUUUCCUGUGAUACAAAGAGGACCCCAAAGGCAAAAUAAACUUUAUGUUCUUGCUCCAUUGCUUUAAGCUCAGUGGAACUACAUUUAUGAUGUCUGCUCCUAAGAGAAUAAGGUUCACCUUUUCCAGGAAUUGAAGAGAUUAGUAGCCUGCAGCUACUAGGAGCAUUUAAACAUGCUCUUUUAUGUUUUUUUUUCUGCUUUUGAAGAUGAGAUUGGAGGGGGAUGAGAGUGAGCCACUAGUAACUACUCACUAGAUAUGUGCUUUUUUUGGAGAUAAAGCAUUGCUUCCUUUAUAUUACUGAGUUUUUGUUAACACUGUCUUACAAGGUGGAAUUCACAGCCUAUAAAACAUCCACUGUUUUUUUACUCCCCUUGCAGAAAAUAUAGUAGAAGGAGAUAGGUCUGUCUCUAACCAUUUUCAUGUGAAAAAGCUUCUUGAAACACAACAGCCAUCUUUAACCCUACUAAUCUCAGGCCUAGGUGAAAACACUAUAUAUUUUAUAGACUGAAGAUAAAGGGGAGAAAAUACUCGUGAUGUAAGUAUCCAUUCCUUUUAAUAUUUUUCUUUCUAGACUAACAUUGCAGUAUGAUGACCUUUUUAUGCUCUGGCUGUGUCCAGAUAAGAAAUUGUAGUCUCAAUUAUUGAUGUUAGGUUACCAGGGGAUAUGAUGAGUGGUUUUUAGAUCAGUGCUGAUCUCUGUACAAUAUUUGCAAUGCCAUUACAUGUUCUUUAUAUUUUUUCCAUGAGAAACUAAAUAUUAAUUAAAAUGAACAUUUGUUCUUAGCAGAAUUGAAGGUUUUGAACCAAAUGUGUUAAAGCUAAUGCUUUGCCAUGUAAAUUUCCCAGCAGUUGUUUAUCUCAAAUGUAUUCUACAUCCAGCUGUAGAAAUUUGUCAAAUAUUGUUUAAAGUUUUGUACAUAGUUGUACUGUUAUUUCUAGCCACUGUGCUGAACAGUAUUCAAGUUAUCACACGAUAUUGCUUUACACAAGAAAAUGUGUGGCUUUUGUUUUGUAUUUUUUUUCAGUAUAGAAGUUCCUGUGUCUUAUUUAAAUAAAAAAUUAUAGUUAAAAAAAAGUGGUGGGGACAACACACAAAAGCAGUGGUUCAUUUAUUUGUUUUGGAAGCUCUGCAUGAAACACCAUAGAAGAUUAAAUUUUAAUAUUGUUCCAAAUUUACAUCUAGAAUAAUGCCAGCCAUGUAUGACUAGUGUUCUAUGUCUUCUAGAACAAGAUAAUCUCUUAUCUAUUGAUUUUUGCAUAACGCUGUACUCAGAAGUGGGGAAAACCCUAAAAUAGCUGAAUGUUUAAAUAUGCUUUAAAUAGCAUACUCUGUUUCUAUAUAGCACAGGAAAAAAAAUCAGUUAAGAGUUAUUUGAAACUAUGUAUCUGCUGCUGUGUUUGUGGUAUGGCUAAUUUCAAGUUAUCUGCUGAAAAUUAUGAAAGCCAUUAGAUGUUUCACGAUAUGAAACUAAACUAAACUCCUAAAGGAUGUGGUAUAAAUCUACUGACAGUCUUGGUUUCAUGUUGUUUUGUAUGACUCAAAUGAUUGUCAUUUGACUUACAGAAUAAUUCUUUCCAGAUGGGGGUGAGAGGGAAGGAGGAAGAAAAAAAGGAUAAUAUUUAAAUACAUGUAAAUCCUCCAAAGUCAGUGUUUACUAAAGAGCACUAUGGCAAUAACCAUCAAGAAUGGAUUAAUGCUUAUUGUUGUCAGUCAGUGGAAAUUUUAAGUUUUCAGCAUCCCAAAGCUUACAAGGUUUCUAUGUGACUAUGUUAAAAACAUUAACUUGAACUUAACUAAAGUCCUGUGCAGGGCCAAAAGUUGGACUUCAGUGACCCUUCUGGGUCCCUUCCAACACCGGAUAUUCUGUGGUUCUGUGAUCCCACCCACCGAUGAGAAUACUUGGUGUCCUUCAGUCAGGAAUGGCUUCAUGUCAGCCAUUUCAUCAUCAGCUUGAAGGGGUUUCUAGGAGUAGCUUUGUGACCAUCCUAUCCCCUAAGUGGAUUUGGCUGCAGCAAUUUCAGGCUGUCCUUGAGUGGGAGGUGUUUUCUCAGGAAGUACUUUGACAAAAGCAUGCAGCUUGGCCUGCAGAGAUGUGAUGCAGUUUGUAUCAAAGGGAGCUUUUAAUCAUCUCCAUGAACCUAGGCCUUGCCUAGUUAGUCACAUUAUGGAUUUUUUUCCACGAGCCACACUUUGUGUGCUGUGUGUAACUCACUGCCUUUUUCCUUCCCCAAAGCCAAAACCAGGAGUCUAAAAAACACCAAGAGUAGAGAGCUAAUGAAAUAAUUUUGCCUUGAGUUCCUUUUUGUGAAUAAAAGACAUUUUCUAAUAAUUCGUGGCUCUGGAAGUGAAUGCUUCAGAGGCUGUAGAUCUAUGUAAGGAGAGCUCUUGAUUGUGUAUGCUGGGGUAGGAGACAGCAGAUAGUGAGUGACAUCCUUCUUUUAGGAAACAGAGAGCUGUCUGGGAAGUGAUUUCUGGCUUCCUGACAAAUCAGCUCUUGGGAAGGGUCAGAUACUGGCACAAGGAUAGAGUCUCAGUACCUUCACAGUAUAUAAGUGUAAGGAGUAACACAAGCGAGAGAAAUUGUGAUGUCAGCCAACAUCUCUAAUUUAUUCAGUUCAAACAAACACCAUUGAGGCUUAGCAAACCAGCUCCUCCUACCCUGGCCUUCCUCCAGGGUACUGGAUUGGGACCUUCAGACGUUACUUGAGGUAGAAGCCAAGCAGUUUGGAUAUAAUAGGUAGCUAGUAGAAGUUUACAUCAAUUACUGUUGUAAAACAGCCUGCCUUGCUGUGUAAAAUGCAGCCAUGAAAACAGAGAUUUGAAGCAACUCAGCUGGGAGGAAAUAACCCAAGUUCCUACUGUGUAUGCCCAGAACCUAAAUGCAAGGAAAAAGUGAAUUAAAGCUGGGAAAGUACGUGCAUUACACGUACAGUCAUCUAUACUUGGUACUUGGCUGAAGGAAGUUGUUUGAUCAAAGAUUGACAUGUAGUUAAAAUGUGUGUAUCUUAUUUCUGUUUGCAUUAGUGUAACCAGUCCUGAAAAACUCUAGUUUGGAAGAGACUGUAAAAGGAAAGCUGUAAAGCUAUAGGAAUAAAGUACUGGAAAAACUAGAAGGUGGCUGUGUAGGAGCUCAACAUGAUUAACUUGAUGGUUGAAGAGUGACAAUUUCAUUUAGUAAAUACACAUAGGAUAUACUUAGUAAUGAACUUUAAGUUUAGCAGAGAUGAAAUAUUAAGCAGUAAGAAAAUGAAGGUAGAUGAAUUCAUACUAAAAAUGUGGAUUUGUUUUAGCACAAGUAUAAUUAAUUACUGAGCCAACAUGCAAGGAAAGAUUUUUUUUCAAGUGUUGACAUGUUUAAAAUGAGAGGAUUUUACAAAAGAUGUGUUCAAAUAUGGUUUUUUAUAAGCCUUACUAAUCUGUGAUUAUUUGGGGCAUUUUACAUUUCUGUUGAAGGUAAAGAGGUGGAAUUUUUAAACUACUCUAAGAAUUUUUGCCUAACUAAAGAAGCACAUGCUGCAAUAUUUUCAACUAGAGUGUUAACACAUCUUUUAAACUGUCUGCAAUAGAUUUUUGAGGGUAACUUUUGACUUCUGAAAGUUUUUGGUGUGUCAAACAUGAAUGAGGUCUCCAGUAAAGCAGAGGUAGUUGAGUAGCUUUAUUAGUUCUUUUGAUUUUGGCACCUCCUCUAUAGCACCAUAAUCAUGGAGAGGUGGUAAGAAACUGGAGAGUAGGAGUUGUCUUUUUGGAGUGCAACAGGUCACAGAAAUAAUGUGUUAUUCAAGUGGAGCUGAGAGGAAGGAGUUUCCUCAGUAAAGGCAACAUUGGAAGUGAGUGAACAUGUAAGUUAAACUGCAAAGUCAAUUGAUGACAAGAAAGAAGAGCAAUUAUAUAAAACUGAAUAGAGAGGUGACACAAUUUUUAAGAGUAGUUGAAAUUUUAUCUCAGGUUGUACAAAGUUCUGAUGGAAAAUUUUUUAUCUGUAGCCUGGAAAGCUCAGAGGCAGAGGAGCUGGAAACCUGGGAGAAGAGGUCAUGUCAAUCUCUUCUCCCCGUUGAAUUAGAGACUGAGCAUCAUAACAAAGAACAAUUAGGCUAAUAACUGUGCCUGUAAAAAAGUAAACUCCUGUAAAAAGAAUGGUGUGUGUAAGAUUUGUUUUUGUGUAUGUGCACAGUGAAGUGUGUGAUUAAACUUUUCAGUGAUUUUUGCAGCUGUUGGAUAAAAAUAGGAUUUGUUCAGGACAGUAGUAAUACCCAUGGUAAUUAUUUUUUGUACUUUUUUUUUCAACUUCUCCAAAUAAGUAGUAAGUAAAUAGCAUCAUUUAAAUCCCAGACUGCCAGGCAUAAGUCAUGUUAACUAAAAACAGGUGUCUAUUUACUUUCCACAGGUGAAAUCUGAGUGCUCUUGAGACUUUAUGGACAGAAGUUCUUUCUCCAAGGAGGAGGAAGCUGAAAGAAACUAGACCUCCCAUUAAACUUUGG